GUUUUAGUCUGUAAUCACACACAAGGGCGCCAGGCGAGUAUGACAAGUGCGUCUCAGAUGGAUUCACUGCGUUGAAACUUUACUAAAGACAGCUCAGAGUAGGUCGACAGCACUUGAGGGAGAUAGGACAGAUGGGAAAAAGAAUACUUCCCAGCAACCUGCUCCAGGCUGCUUGGCUGUGUUGUCUGUUGGCUGCUCAGGUGCACAGCUGUCCUGGUACCUGCAGUAAAUGUUCAGGCCCAGAAAAUGACCAGUGUGAGGAAUGUAGAGCAGGAUGGAUUCUCCAUAAUAACUCCUGUAUAGACAUCGAUGAGUGUGGCACCGAACUGGGCAACUGUCCUCCCACCAGCUACUGCUUCAAUACAGAGGGGUCCUUUGAGUGCAGAGACUGUGACCCUGCCUGUGUGGGCUGUAUGGGUAGCGGACCAGCACGCUGCAGAAAAUGUGCUUCUGGGUACAGACUGACAGGGUCCAAGUGUUUGGAUAUAGAUGAAUGUAGCGACAGGGUACUCGCCUGCCAUGGUCUGGAUGAGAUUUGUACCAACACAGAUGGCUCUUUCCGCUGUGACUGUGCUAAAGGAUUCAUCCGUAAGGACAGUGUUUGUGUGAAGAAGCAGCUGCCUAGUGUUCAGGAGAAAGGUCUGUUUGAGGAUAUCCAAGAUGAUGAGGUGGAGGUGCUGCAGCAGAUGUUCUUCGGGGUGGUGCUUUGUGCUCUGGCCACACUGGCCGCUAAGGGAGAUUUGGUCUACACUUCUGUAUUCAUAGGAGGAUUGGCAGCCAUGGCAGGGUACUGGCUUUCUGACAGGGCAGACCGUUUCUUACACAGCUUCCUAAAGCGACCUUAAAGCUCACAACUGUUGCAAAAAGGACUUAAACAUUUCACAUGGAAGAUGCACCAGCAUGCUCAAGCGGGUGAAUUGUGUGCAUUCACUUGUGUUAUGGACAAUAUAGGUUAUUUAUAUGAAAGAAUACCUUUUCUAUACUAUGUGAAAGAUUCUUAUUACACCAACACUUCUCUCUGUGUUCGAAAAAUUAUCAUGGCAAAUUAACAACAACAGUGUAGAACCUGAGUUUUAUUAUUAUGUUUUAGGAGAGUCUUCAUAAUAGUCUGCCUUGUUAAUGAAAUUUAGGUUUUAGAUACAGACGGCCAGAACAACUAACAAAUCAAACUGUAGUUUUCAGCCACAGCUUUUUAUUUUUUUUGGUUGACUAUGCAUAUAUUAUUUAUUUAGACUAACCAGGAAUAAUCAUGAUUCUUUCACUGCAGUUUUUAUAAGAAACUGAACUAAACUUCAGUUGUCAAUGUGUAUGUUUGCACUUCACAGCAGUAUCAUACAAUGCAUUCAAUACUUUUACUGUUUGUAUUAGCAAUAGAAAGCUAUGAAGAUAAAACUGAUUUUACAUUUAAAUAGACAAUCACAAAGACAGAAAGAAAGUCACCUUUAUUUGAUGGAUAUAAACAAGCUGGCCAACACUCAAUAGUAAUAUUCUGAUACAUCACAUACAAUAGCAAACUGGGGCACUGAGGACAGCCUCCUAGGAUUUAAAAAACAGAAAACAUUACAGAGUAUCCAUGCUUCAUUCAAAACUUUUACUCAAUCUCGCUUUUUUUUUUUUUUUCUCUAGGGACUUCCUCGGAUGAAGCUUUUUUUUAGAUAGAUUUUUCUCUUGUGCAUUCAUAACACACACACACACUGGCAUACAGACACACCCAGAAAUCAAUAAAUGCAGUUGUGUGUGCACACACACACCCACACUCAUACCCAUACGCACAGACACACACACACUCGUUUUCUGAAUACAUUUACACCAGCAACCCCAAAAGCAUGCUGCACUCUCACAAAACUGCACAGGCUGUCUACUAAGGGGACACAGUAAGUGAGACACACAUCACUCUCAAACACAACAUCACACCGUCACAAUGCACGAUGCAGAUGCAAUUAAUGUAUGAAGAAUGAUGCUUCAUGGGAGAUUAGCUCACGUUCACACAAGUAAUCAUUCAGCAUGCUGGACACUCACAUUUAACUUGUUCCUAGGUCUUUACUGUACAGCUCAAAACAUUUACUUAUACAAAUAGCACAGUCUCAAACUGGCAUAUUCAAUAAAUAAAGCUAACUUAAAUACAAAAAUGAAUAAUAAAAAAGUAAACACAAUAUUUGUUCUGUCAAAGAAAAAAAAUGUUUCUGGCAUUGGUCACAGUGAUUUGUUUAAUCCAAAGUUUUUAGCGACAUAAAACAAAAGAAAAACAACCUGUAUACAACAAUAAAGUGAAAAUGUAUGUUAGGCUUUUCAGACUUAUUUUUUCUUUUAAAGGCCUUUUGAAAAUUACUGGUGAAUCUACAGGCCUUUCAACUCAAGUCUCUCUACACGGCUGCUUCUAGGCACAGAUGCAGACUUGACUUUUUGACUCCACCUCACACUGAAGUGCGAUGUCGGUCAUUCAUAACCAGGAUUAGUCUUUAGUCUAAGCCCAGGAAACCAGCCCCAGCCUCUAAGCCCUGUGUCUCCUAAACCAUUUUGACACAACAGUUGAGAAAUCGCUCUGCAUAGAGAACAGGAGAUUAUCCUUACAUCAUCACUUUCAGUUGGCACAUUAUGUAAAAAUCUGCAUGCAUGGGCACAAUUGAAAUGUUCCAUGUUGUCUACCAUGUAAAUCAUAUAUGCUAUUUCAUGGUAGGAGAACCCCCUACUUCAAGUAUUCAGUAGAUAAGGACCUGAAAAUGGAGGAUUUGUACUCCGCCCCCCUGAUGGUGAAGUGAGAAGAUUUUCGCUCCUCUGUCUGUUUGCAUUGUCGUCCCUUCUUUUUUUUUCUUAAAUCUAAAUCAGGACCUUUCUCUUAACAUUUGUAAACACAAACACCAACGUUUUCACACGAUCUGUUAAUUCUUAGUCGGUGACAGGAGCUGUAAAGGCUCAUGGAGGAAGCAGACACAUAAAAGAUGAUGCAUGGAUCAUCUCAGUUUGUGGAAGAUGGGGAGAUGGAAGGACAUUUAUAUACAACAAUCAACACUUGGCCAUAGUAGGGCGACACACAGGCACCAUGAGGGGGGAGGAAGAGGAAGUGGGGAUAGUAACAGUCUAAUUAAAUUUUCCACUAUACUGUAACAA